AUGGGCAAGACAUCGGCCAAGUCUCGCUUCAACCUCCCUGGUCGCUAUGCUUGGUCCCUUGCGGAAUCGACUGGACCCAUCAAUCUGCUCUACAUUCUUUUGACUCUGCCAACGAAGCUCAAGCCUGAGCCUCACGCCGAGACCAGCUUCCUGGGUACCGGUCUUCCGGCUCAAAGAGAGAUCCUGGCCGGCCUGUAUGUCCUUCAUUAUGCAUACCGUGCAGUCAUCAGCCCUCUUUAUCUGGCCCCGAGCAUGUCUCCGAUCCACCCGAUCAUCGCCGCAGCCAUGGCUUUCCACCAGUUUGUGAACUCAAGCAACAUUGCUUGCGGGCUAGUGUACUCUGCGAAGGACAUUGAGCAUGGCCCAAUCAUAUCGUUUGCAUCCAUCUUCGGACUUUUUCUUUUUCUGCUAGGGUUCGCAGGGAACAUACGCGCGGAGAACACAUUGUUCAACCUGCGACGGGGAGCUGCAAAGCGCAAAGCGAAAUCCGAAGGAAAGGCGCAAAUCACCUACGACAAAGUUUACGUUGUCCCUCCCGCCGAGGGCCUGUUCAAAUAUGUUCUGUUCCCGCACUAUGUGUUUGAGUGGAUUGAAUGGGCAGGGUACUGGAUCCUUGCAGGUAGGUGGGGUCUUGGUUGGGGAUACCGUAGCCCAGCCUUGUGGUUUUUGAUAGUGGAGGUUGCAACAAUGCUUCCUAGAGCGGUUUCAGGCAGGCGCUGGUAUGAAGAGAAGUUUGGGAAACGGGCAGUGGCGGGUCGGGCUGGGGCGAUUCCAGGGCUGCUAUGA